CAAAAAAUCAACAGCAGCAAAAAAGCGGAUUGUUUUGAUUUUUGAUGAUCAUCUGCUUGGGAAAAUUGGGAAGCAGAGGAUGCUGAAAUGGAACUUUUUAAUGCAAAAUAAUUUUAAAUCCAACAAUUGACGGUGUUUUGGAAUCAACCAUGGAAAAAUACAGAGUUGAAGGGGCACCGCCUACGAUCCACUACAUUCCUGAUUUCAUAACCGAGUUUGAGGAGCAAAGUCUGAUGAAGCAAAUUCAAAAUGCACCAAAGCCGAAGUGGACGCAGCUGUCUCGGAGGAGGUUGCAAAAUUGGGGCGGCCUUCCUCAUCCCAAGGGGAUGAUCGCCGAAUCUUUGCCCGAGUGGCUGACCAAAAGCGUCGACAAGGUGGCGCAGCUCGAAUUGUUCGGAGGAAACAAGCCAAACCAUGUGCUGAUCAACGAGUAUUUGCCUGGCCAGGGCAUUAUGGCUCACACUGAUGGCCCCUUGUUCUACCCGACGGUGACAACCAUCACCUGUGGCUCGCACACCCUUCUGGACUUUUUCACUCCCCGCACUGACGACGAGCUCGACGUCAGGUCCGACCAGACGGAAAACAAAAGCUGUGAUAGUGCAAGAGAGCCAGUCGUGUCUCUUUUGCUUGAGCCGAGAAGUCUGGUCAUCGUCCAGGACGAAAUGUAUAACAAAAUGCUGCACUCCAUUGCGGAGAGAGGCUUCGAUGAGAUUUCGUCCGACAAGAAAAUCGCAAAUUUGCAUUUGUGCUCAGAAACAUAUGCCCAGAAAGGGUCGUGCGAAAGAGGCACACGGUACUCUCUGACAAUUCGACACGUUCCGAAAACAAAGAAGCUUCCUGCCUGGUUCAAAGUUUAGUGUGAGAAUAAUUAAAUAUAAUUAUAAAUAAAUUAAUUAAGUAAAA